AGGAGAAAGGGACAGGGCAAAGUGGACAGGAAGCCAGAGGAUGAGGGGCGUCAUCUCUGGGGCCAGGGGCUCCCAGAAGAGAGUAGACCAAGUUGUUCGGGUCAGAGAGCCCCUCUUUGGAGGAUCGGGAAAGAAGGCGCAGCCUCAAGCACGCAGACAGCCCUGAGACGGUUGGUCCCUUAACACCAAAAUGGCAAACUUCCAGGGCCACGCCCUCCCCGGGAGUUUCUUCUUGAUCUUUGGCAUCUGGUGGUCAUGGAAAUACUCAUUCCGAUACUUAAAUGAGAAAGGAAAAAGCAGAAAGAUGAACUACUACUAUCGGAAGAUUGAAAUCAUCGAUGGAGCAACAAGGGUCUUCUUUGCUGCAGUUGGGAUCCUUGCAGAGCAGUUUGUUCCAGAUGGCCCUCAUCUGCACCUGUACAAUGACCAUGACUGGGUAAAACUGAUGAACUGGCAACAUGGUACCAUGUAUCUGUUCUAUGGGAUUUCUGGCCUCAUGGACAUGCUUACUUUUCUUUUCCCUGUUGUUCCUCUGGGUCUGGACCGGCUUCUGAUGUCUUUGUCUGCAGUCACUGAAGGAAUUCUCUUCUAUUAUCACGUCCAUAAUCGGCUAUCAUUGGACCAGCAUAUCCACUUUCUUCUGUUAAUUACGGUGAUUGGAGGAGCCAUUUCCACCUUCAUCGAAGUUUUCCUCAGGGACAAUAUAGUCCUGGAGCUCUUCCGAGCCAGCCUCUGCAUUGCCCACGGCUCCUGGUUCUGGCAAAUUGGCUUUGUGCUGUAUCCACCUUCUGGGGGUCCUGCGUGGGACCAAACAUCUCACAGUAACAUCAUGUUUAUCACCAUGUGUUUUUGCUGGCACUACCUGGUUGCCAUAAUCAUUGUAGGGAUCAACUAUUCUCUGGUUUAUGGUUUAGUAAAUCGUUUGAAGAGAUCCAGAGGUGAAGAAAACAUUGGGAUCCAAAAGUUGACAUCAGGUUCCAAUCUUCAUGAAGCACUUCUGAAUGACACAGAUGAGGAGUAAGGCUCAAGGAUUGGGGAGACCCCCUAUGAGCAUAAGCAGCUGGAGCAGAUACCUUCCCUUCCCUCCAUGUAUCUCAUUCUCAGCCAUGCAAUAACUGUGCAGCUCUCAGGAAAUAUACAGCCCUCACAGUGCCCAUCUUCAUUCUUAGGUUUUGCAAAGUUGUGGAAUCUAAAAGGAGAACACUAGCUUUUGAAAGUCAGAGACUGAAAUUAUUCCUGUCUUCUUAAAAUACACUGACACUUGUUUAUGGACUGAGACACAGUACAGAAAUGGUUACAACCUUUGCACUCCAUCUAGUCCCUCUGGCUCGCUGAGUCAUUGGGAUAGGGGCUAUUUUGUCUAGUAGAAAAAUAGGAAUUGUAUUUAUAACUCAGGGAUAGAAAGUUUGGCUGCCUAAUGUGUAUUCUUAUUCCCAAUUAUCCAGGACCAGCUUAGGGGCCUUCUGUAUGUCUCAGUGAGUUGAUUUUUUAAAAAUUACAAACCAAGUCUCUAUUGGUGUGGUAUCAUUUGUAUUCAAAGGUUAAAGAAAUUAUUUACAUAAAGAGUAAACCGCAUUAUGCUGUUUGGGAAAAGAAAGUAUUAUAUUUGGGCUCUCAAAAUAAAGAUUAGUCAGUCAUUCAGUAA